GAAGGUAUCUUUGUUUAAGUUUCACUAUACUGUAUGAAAAAUGAUCGAUGGAAAAAGUGCCACAGGCAACAGCCUCAUUGGAAAAAAGGUGUUUGAUUCAAAGACACAUGCAACUGGUGUUACCAUAAAAUGUCAGACACAUGAAUUUGUGACAAAAUAUGGUAACACCAUCAAUGUGAUUGAUACUCCAGGCCUGUUUGACUUGUCGGUCUCGGCUAACAAUAUAAGCAGUGAGAUUGUUAGAUGCCUAACUCUAGCGAAAGGAGGGAUACAUGCUGUGCUCCUAGUUUUAUCUGCAAGGACUCGAAUUACCCAAGAGGAAGAGAACACACUUACUGCCUUGCAGUCUCUAUUUGGGAGUAAAAUCCUUGAUUAUGUUAUCUUCGUUUUCACUGGCGGUGAUGUGCUGGAAGAGUGCAAUGAGACAUUGGAUGAUUAUUUGGGUAGAGAUUGCCCUGACUUCAUAAAGGGAGUUAUAAGGAUGUCUGGUAACCGAAAGGUGUUGAUUGAUAACAAGACUCGCGAUGAAGGUAAGAAGGCAGAGCAAGUCCGUAAGCUUCUCUCCCUGGUAGAUGAAAUCCGAAGGAGCAAACAUGGAGAGGGAUAUACCAAUGACAUGUACGAUGAGAUAAAGAGAAAGACCGACAAACUACAAGAGCAGGAAAAGAUGCUGGAAUUGGAAAACCAUCCAAAAGAGAUGGUAUCGAUGAAGAAAGAUCAGUUACAUGAAUGGUAUCAAGAGAAUAUGAACCAACUGUCAAACAUGGUGGAGAAGAAGCUGAAAGAUGCUUUGGAAGCGCUGGAGAAACCAUUAGGCAAGGUAGGAAAAGACAAGAAUGUGCACUGGGAAACUGAUGAUGAACAGUCGUUGAAGCUAACAGUUCAAUCCCAAUGCCGCCUAUACCUGGAACCUCGUGCAGCAUUCUCUGAACAGUGUCUUGUGCCUAAUAAAGAUCAGUAUCAAAGUGAUUUUGGGUUGCUAUGUGACGAUCAAUCCCUGAGGUUUUCGUUCUUUAAAAUUCCAAUCCCAUUGUCUUUUAUUUCUUUCAAAAUUCUGCUUUAUGUUGUUAUUAUGUUUUUCCCGUUUAAAAUGCAGUGUCAAAAGUGAGAUUUUGUGGUUUCUUUUUUUUGUGUGGACUUUUUCUAUAAUUAUGUUUGUUUCCAUGUUUUUAUAUGUGUGCCACAUGCACUUGUUAAUAAAGGAUCUUGUCUUUG